CUGGACCACAACGUCUCGGAGGUGGAGCUGAGACGUGCCUUCGAGAAGUACGGCAUCAUCGAAGAAGUGGUGAUCAAGCGCCCGGCCCGGGGCCAGGGCGGGGCUUAUGCUUUCCUCAAGUUCCAAAACUUGGACAUGGCGCAUCGGGCCAAGGUCGCCAUGUCGGGCCGCGUUGUCGGCAGGAACCUUGGCUACGGGAAAGCCAACCCUACUACCAGGCUGUGGGUGGGUGGUCUUGGUCCGAGUACUUCCCUGGCUGCCCUGGCAAGGGAGUUCGACCGCUUCGGCAGCAUCAGGACUAUUGACUACGUGAAGGGAGACAGCUUCGCUUAUAUCCAGUACGAAAGCCUGGAUGCUGCCCAGGCUGCCUGCGCGCAGAUGAGGGGCUUUCCUUUGGGCGGACCAGAGAGGAGACUCCGAGUGGAUUUUGCCAAAGCGGAAGAGACAAGAUACCCGCAGCAGUACCAGCCCGCACCGCUGCCCGUGCACUACGAACUGCUGGCUGACGGGUACAGCAGACACAGAAGCCUAGAGCAAGACUUGAGGGUGCGAGAUAGGACUCCUCCGCAUCUCCUGUACUCGGACAGAGACAGGAGCUUUGCAGAGGCAGACUGGGCCAGCCCUGCCAAAAACGCCGAACGCAGAAACAACUUGGAAAGCUACAGCCGAUCGGUGCGUAGCCGGAGCGGAGAGCGCUGGGGCAGCGACAGCGAUCGCGGCGUGCCCAAACCGUGGGAAGAGAGGCGGAAACGCCGGAGUCUUUCCAGUGACCGCGGGAGGACUACUCACUCGCCUUACGAGGACAGAAGCAGGACAAAGGCCAGUGGGCCAGCUUUAGACCGCAGCCCAGACAGGGCUCGCAAGGAGAAUCACACUACAGAAUCCGGAGCCGAGAAAGAGCAGAGCAACUCCCUCCAGAACAAUCGUCAUGCGACUGAGGAGAAGCCCCAUCGUGAGGCAUCCGAUGCUCCCCAGCCCAAAAAAAGGGACAGCGAACGCAAUCAUCGAACUGGUGAAUCAGAAUCAAAAGCUCACGAGGAGCCAAAAUCCGAGACCAAAAAGCUAAAGAAUUUAUCGGAAUACGCUCAGACGCUGCAGCUUGCUUGGAACGGGCUUCUCGUGCUAAAAAACAGCUGCUUCCCCACCUCUAUGCACAUCCUGGAGGGAGACCUCGGUGUCAUCAACGGGCUCCUCAAAGACCAUUCGUCCGGCGGGAAGUUAACGCAGCUCAAAAUUGCCCAGAGACUUCGGCUCCACCAGCCCAAGCUGGAUGAAGUAACUCGCCGUAUCAAACAAGGCAGCCCCAACGGCUACGCCGUGCUCCUGGCGACCCAGUCUGCCCCGGCAGGGGCAGGGGCGGGGGCGGAGGGGACCUUCCCUGUUGUAGAGCCCGGCUUGCAGCGACGGCUUCUCAGGAAUCUGGUCUCCUACUUGAAACAGAAGCAGGCUGCUGGGGUUAUCAGCCUGCCCGUGGGAGGGGCGAAGGGCAGAGACAGCACAGGCAUGCUUUACGCCUUCCCUCCGUGUGAAUUCUCUCAGCAGUACCUCCAGUCAGCACUAAGGACAUUGGGAAAGUUAGAAGAAGAACAUAUGGUGAUAGUUAUAGUCAAAGACACUGCCUAGCCCACACUGUCUUUUCAAAUUCCAUGUUUUCUUUGUGUGUCACACAGCCCAGUUGUUUUUAAGGCCGAUCAUUUUGGUGGAGGCUCAAAACACCUCGACCAAAGUGGUAAGAUUUUUAGUUUCUAAUUAAUUUUAAUGCCAUUUAAAUAGAGCCCAUUUUAUUCGUUUUUAAUAUGUGACACUGUCCGCUGUUGUUCUGUAUUUUUAUUUUUUAACUGUACGAAAAGUUGUCAGUAAAGCCUUGUUCACUGAUGGAUUUCUAAA